AAAUCAUGAAAAGUUUUAAACAAUUGAAGAGUAUCUUGCAAGUUACAUCAUACUCAUCUUAAUUAUUAUGAUUCAGACACCUUCCCAUCUCAGAAUUCACCUCAUAAAUUAGUUUGUUACGUUGUCAACAUCAAACAUGUCAAAAACUCUCACUCACACAUCUUAUGAUAGAAACUUGGAAGCUGCACUGAGUUAAACUUGUUGCUAUUUUCACUGUACCUUUGCUUCUACUCUCUGUCACUUUAUCUGGAGUUUGUUUUUUCGCUUGCUGUUGUGUGAAGCCUCAUGCUUCUUCUCGUUGUAAAGUUACUAUCUUUUUUCUCUGCACUAUAUUGGGUUGAAUUUAUUUGAGUUUUCAAUGCAAUUUUCAAAGGAAAAGGAUAAAAUGGAAACUGGGUUAAGCUCGAAAAAUUUAAUUAAGGGGAGAGUUAUGAGAGGUGGCAAUAGAAAAAAGAAGGAACUUUCUAGUAAUGGUAUAAAAAUUGAACCUUUUGUUCCUAGAAGAGAUCAUAAUCCUAAAGAGUUGAAGACUUGGGCAAAGAGAACUGGGUUUGUGUCUGAUUACUCGGGUGAAGCCGGUACUAGUGCAAGUGAGAAUUUUGAUAAAGUUGCUGUUGAUUAUGAUCAUAAAGAAGGAGGGUCUUCUCCUAAGAUAGAGAUUGAUCCGGUUCUCGGGGUAGCAAGGCCAAACCGUGACGACGAGAUUGAACUUGAUUCUGAGUCUAAGCAUGGAAGUAGAAGGAGUGAGAAGGAUAGGUUUUUGAGGCCAAACUAUGAUUUGAAUAGGAUUAUAGGGAACCAAAAUCAGAAGAGGAAAAAUGGGGUUGAACCUGUUUUGGAUUAUGGUGAAAAGAAAGUUGAUUUGAGAGGGAAUGGUGAGACUAAUGGAUCGACGGAGAAUUUGAUUAGGGAUAGCAGCGGUCAUGGACUUGGAGUCUCUGCGGUUUCUCCGCUUCCAGAACAAAAGAAGGAAGAGGAAGGUGUAACUGAAGGAGAAGUUAAGGUGAAUCUGUAUGCAGAAGGAGAGGAACCUGCUGAUAGAGGAUGGCAUAUACCUUCUGGAAUGAAGUAUGGACUAACCGAAAAUCCUGGUUUUGUACCUCUUAUCUACUAUGGCAUGCAGCACUACCUAUCACUGAUUGGCUCAUUAGUGUUUAUUCCGUUAGUAAUGGUCCCGACAAUGGGUGGAACAGACAACGACACUGCUAAUGUAAUUUCUACAAUGCUGUUUCUUUCUGGCGCCACAACGAUACUGCAUUUGUACUUUGGAACUCGGCUUCCUUUAGUUCAAGGGGGCUCAUUUGUGUAUUUGGCUCCGGCAUUAGUUAUCAUAAAUUCAGAAGAGUUUCGAAAUCUUACACACCAUAAAUUUAGACACAUAAUGAGGGAACUUCAAGGAGCUAUAAUUGUUGGUUCGAUAUUCCAAUGUAUUCUUGGAUUUAGUGGUUUAAUGUCUAUUCUUCUCAGGGUAAUCAACCCAAUUGUGGUGGCUCCAACUGUUGCUGCUGUAGGUUUAGCAUUCUUCAGCUAUGGAUUUCCACAAGCUGGCACUUGCAUUGAAAUCAGCAUUCCACUAAUAGUGUUGGUUCUUAUAUUCACUCUGCAUCUUCGCGGAAUAUCUAUCUUUGGACACCACUUGUUUCGAAUUUAUGCGGUUCCUUUAAGUGUUACGAUAAUUUGGAUAUAUGCAUCGUUUUUAACGGCCGGAGGAGCAUAUAACUACAAAGGAUGUGAUCCCAACAUCCCUAGUUCAAACAUUCUGAUCGAUGCGUGCAAAAAGCAUGCUUAUACAAUGAAGCAUUGCAGGGCUGAUGUAUCAAAUGCAUUGUCAACUUCUUCAUGGCUCAGAAUUCCUUACCCUUUACAAUGGGGUUUCCCGAUUUUCCAUUUUAGGACUUGCAUAAUCAUGGUCAUAGUCUCACUGGUUGCCUCUGUGGAUUCCAUUGGAACUUAUCAUAGUGCAUCUCUGAGAAUUAAUUUGAAGCCUCCAACCUCAGGAGUUGUGAGCCGUGGAAUCGCAUUGGAGGGUUUGUGUAGUAUAUUGGCAGGUCUUUGGGGUUCAGGAACUGGUUCAACUACCUUGACUGAAAAUGUUCACACAAUUGACAUAACAAAGGUGGCAAGCCGGAGAGUAGUGGAACUCGGAGCAGCCUUCAUGAUCCUCUUCUCAAUUAUAGGAAAGGUGGGUGCUCUUCUAGCUACUAUUCCACAGGCAUUAGCUGCAUCAGUACUAUGUUUCAUAUGGGCCCUUAUUACCGCAUUAGGCCUCUCAACAUUACAGUAUGGUCAAUCCGGACACUUCCGAAACAUAACAAUAGUUGGCGUUUCAUUGUUCCUUGGUCUAUCGAUCCCUUCGUAUAUUCAACAAUACCAGCCUCAAUCCAGUUUGAUAUUGCCAUCUUAUCUGGUUCCUUAUGCAGCCGCUUCUAGCGGACCGUUUCAUUCAGGAAUUAAACAACUUGAUUUUGCAAUCAAUGCCCUUAUGUCCUUAAACAUGGUGGUUACAAUGUUGGUGGCAUUCGUCCUGGAAAACACAGUACCAAGAAGUUCUCAAGAACGAGCGGAGUAUAUAUGGACGCGACCUCAAGACAUUGCGACUGAUCCCUCACUGGUGUCUGCAUAUUCGCUGCCAAGGAAAGUUGCAAGAUGUUUCUGUUGGGCAAAAUGGUUAGGAGUAUGAUUACAAAGUUUUCUGCCGAGUUCCUCUAUUCAGCUUGUGAGCCUUCAUAGAUAGAACGUAGUGAUGUUUUUGAUAUAGAAUAUAUCGAAGCUUAUGAAGAAUAAAAACAUAUAGACGAAUUGAAUUACAGUAUACUAAAUAGGAGAUAGAAUGUAUAGCACUGAUUACUAUACAUAAUUCUUGUAAUCAAUAGAUAAUUCAUUUUUUUGUAGCUGAUCUGUUACUAUGCCA